AUGGCAGGCUCGGACCAAACAAAGCCACCGUCUACUAGUUCAGCACAGAGAGAGCUAUCACAGACAGGACAAGAAGAGACGGCGUCAUCCCAGGAUCAACAGGACCCACGAAACCAGGACAGACAGAAACAACACCGGAAAGACAGAACGCGGAGAGAGCUGUCAGAGGAAGAAUCGAUAGAUGUCUCGGAACUACAACUUCGGUUCUUGAGACCUGCGAGAACAUGCCAAUUCAUUAGGAGGGCGUGUGGCUGCUUUUCCCGGCUUUCCAAAAAGCCGUCCCGUGGCAUUGUGCUUGGACGGGAAAGCUACCAGGUUUAUGCCAAUGCGACAUCGAGAAUCUACAAUGAAUCCGAAUGCGAAAUGACUAGAGAAGAAGGUCUUUAUAUAUUCACUUACUGGCUAGUGUGGAUCUUGGUUAUCAUUCAGUUGAUGGUUUCGGCCGUUAUCACUGCCUUCACGGCUUCCAAUGCUCAAAAUUUGAACCAUAUCCCUGCUGCAGUUCUAGGUGGUGUGAACUUCCUUCUCACAUCUCUUCUAGGUUUCUUAAGAGUUGAGCCAGAAAGGAGAUGGCAAAACGCUGCAGAGUACAGACGGGUGAUUGGUCUCGUGGAUGGAACCAUUGACUGGCUUCGGUAUGCGGACCCGACUACUCCGCUACAACCGCUGGUAAAGGAUGCAGAGUCAGCGAUUGAGGCGGCCAGGAGGAACGUUGCUGCCAAUAGACCUGCAGACUUCGUCCGAGUGUCACGCGGUCAAACUGGACCCGACGAUAGUAAUUAG